AUGUCCCGCACUGAGCCUAGCUCGGACAGCUCAGCGCAGGGGAUACUCUUCCCCCGCUCUCAUCUACGCACGUCGAGCUACCCUUCGUCGAACAACGGAGACGGUGAUCAAGGGACAGACGGCGCAGAGGGCGCAGAACGCACAGAAGACAGGCUCGCAACACUCCGUCCACCUGCGCUCAAAGCACCGAUCUCUUUCCGUCGACUGUCAACGACCAGCGCCGGCUCGGGACACAGGUCCGCAGUAAGCAGCGUCGUCUCCUUCGAAGAGGUCGCUCUACAGUCCCCACCUCUCGACCCGGGCAGCGCAGGCACGAGCCCCUCUCCGCGUUCUGCACUUCGCCCGUUAUCUGAACAGGCGCGCUCGUCCUCUUUCUCUGGAUUUGGCCCGCUCAGCCCUGCACUGCCGAGAUCUCCCAGGAAAUAUGGGAAGAGCAGGAGGGAUAGCAGGCAGCGCGGGUCUAUGGAUGAGGGGUAUCAGAGGAGGGCACUCAAGAGGUUGAAGGUCGUCAAGGAACUCUUGGACACGGAGAGGUCGUACCACUUCCUCAUCCCACUCAUGGAGUCCCUCGAGACCAAACGACCGCUCGUGACGAGGGACGAUCUGACAGCGAUUUUCUCCAACUUUGUCGACAUCUGGAACUUGCACCGUGCGCUCCUCCUCGGCCUCACAGAGGCCGUCUCUCCCCCGCCUUCCCAAGCCGUGUCCCCCCCACUGUCCUCGGUGAUGCGCGCCCAUCUGCCUUACCUGUCGAUGUACAAGCUCUUCGUGGCCAACUUCCCUUCUUCUAUGUCUACUGUCUCGCACUUGCAGUCCACUUCGCCCCCCUUCCGUUCUUGGCUGGCAGAGAGGGAGAAGGACCCAAGGUGCCGGGCGAUGGGGCUUGUCGCUUGGCUCUUGACUUGCGUGCAACGUGUGCCGAGGUACCUCCUGCUGCUGAAGGACCUUGUCACCUACUCAGACCCACACGAGGAAGAAACAGAGCAACUCCGCCGAGUAUUCGUCAUGGUAUCGAAGACGGCGGAAACGCUCGACCGUGCGCUGGCAGAACACUCCCUCACCCUCUCCGCCCUGGCCUUACAAAGAGCAUGCAUCAACCUCCCCUUCCCGCUGAUCUCCCCCGGUCGGAAACUGAUCAAACGUAGGCCUCUACUCCGCGAAUCCCCCAAGGCUCUCGAACCCCGGGAAUGCCUGCUCUUUACGGACUGUAUCCUGCUGUUUGCACCUCUUUCUGAGGAGGGGUGGCUUAGCGGCUCGCGACCGGGCUUGCAGAGAAGGAGAAGCAAGAGCGGAAAUGAUGCUCAGAUCAGGCGGAGCGGAGAAGAAGAAAUGAGAGAAUCGGAGCGCUGGAGAUGGGUGGGCAAGCUGGAGAUUAAGGAUGUUACUGUCGUUGGUGCUAGAUGUGCGGGGGAGGGUGUGAGGAAAUUCGAGCUGCUUAGCCCCAAGGAGAGCUUUGCAGUUUAUGCGGCAUCAGCAGCGGAGUGUCAAGCCUGGAUCGAUGCUAUCAGGGAGACGAAGUCCCUCUACCUCUCCUCGAUACAGACCUUUUCCCGACCACUGGACACCCUCACUUCCUCCACGUCAACGCGCCAUCUCCGUCUUUCCCUGCAAGCCUUGCCCGCUGAGCCAGAACGUAAGAAAGUGGAGCAUUUCGUGCCUGCUGUGUGGGUGCCGGAUCGGAAGGCCACGGCGUGUAUGCGCUGCGGAAAGCCCUGGACGGUGCUAAGGAGAAGACAUCAUUGUCGGCUCUGCGGGUCGGUCGUUUGCUCGAGAUGCUCUACCAAAACGUUCUUCAUCGUCCAUCCUGGUGCUCCAGGACCGUCGGAGAACAAACCUACGCGGGCAUGCAACACCUGCUACGAAAAUGUCUUCCCUCUUAUCGCGGAACGGUCCGACGAGUGCCCGGACGGCUUGCCACAUGCAGCGCUAGAUCAUCGGCUGAGCACUGUGACACUCUCAUCUACCACGUCUGUGUUGCGGUCUGAUGGCGACUACCAUGGGUCGGAUUCCGCUUCUGGCUUCGGUCAUCCCGGACCUGAACUAGAUAACGGGCUUCCGGAGCUGACGCCCACCCUUUUGGAACUAGGUGUCAGCCCGUUUGCAGGCGCGCUCAAGCGUACCGAAGUCCAAAGACUCGAAGUCACCGCCCGGCUCAGUCUUGUAGAAACGGGAAACGGGGAGGCGGCGAAUCGGUUCCACACAAUUGGAGGGAGGGCUGUCAAAAGGCUCAGCGUCUUGCUGGGAAAGAGUGAUAAAUAACUGUCGAGUUUGUGAUUCAUUAGACUCGUUCUGGACUUGCUUCUGUCUGGACUGGAGGAGGUUUCGCAUGUAUUCU